AAAAAUCGAAAAAAAAAAACAAAACCAUAAUCAUUUCAGCAAAAGAUCUUCCCUUUCGUCCAGAUUCUCUGCUUCCUUAUCCAAAUUGGGUUCUCUCUAGUCUCUCCGACAAUGGGUCCGAUGGUUCUGACACAACUGGCCACCGGUUUGAGCGUUUUGGCGGGAGCAGUUCUUGUGAAAUCGGUCAUGGACCAGAAGCCGAUGAUGGGUCAGUUCCCUCGGUGUCCAACCUGCCACGGGACGGGUCGUGUCGCCUGUAUGUGCUCUCGAUGGUCCGACGGAGACGUGGGCUGUCCCACGUGUGCCGGCUCGGGUCGCAUGGCCUGCAGCAACUGCGGCGGUACCGGAACCGGCCGACCCAUCCCAGUUCAGCUCACGGUUCGGCCACCUAACCGGUCCUCAUAACCGGAUUUUGUAUAGGUCUUGUUACUUGUAAUGAAUGAAUGAAUGAUGAUGUUUAUUACUUUAUUUUACCCGGAAAAGAGAGAAAAAAAGGUAAAACUUCAUGUGCUUGACCACAGAAAUAGGGGAGAUUUGGUUAUGGGUCGUGUGAUUACAAUGUCUUUUAUCUUCCGGAGAUUCGUACACACACACACACACACAUAUACAUAUUCGUAUAUAUAUAUAUCUAUGAACAGGUUCAUUGA